CUAGAUUUAGAGUUAAAAAACAAAAUGAAAAUUAUGGGAGAUAUUUUUAUUGUUGCUCUAAAAGUCCAGGAUAUCAAUGCAAGUACUUUUUAUGGGGGGAUGAAGCUGACGACAAUGAUUAUAUUUGUUGUGAUUGUAAUCUUAUUGCUUCAAGAAUUAGGGUUAAACAACGAAGCAUGA